CUCAAUUCACGCUAUGCGUCAAUCCAUCUCCAAUCCUCUUCUCGCUCCCUAAUCACAUUCCAUAAUUUCACAUUUCCACUUCCGAUCUCCGAUUCCACCUCGCCACCGCCACAACGCCGGCGGCGCUCCCGACGUCGUCGCUUCCACCAUUCGCCGUCGUACCCGACCCUCCUUCGAUCAGUGGCCGUUUCUGACACCCCACACGCGUCCUGGCAAAUGCAGCUCCCCGAACGAAUCGCGAACCCUGGAACGGGUGGGAUACAACGUGAUGUGAAGAGAUUAAGGUUGUUGGCACUUCGCGGGUGUUUUCACUAUUUUUAAUCAUUAUCAAUUGCUGAUUACUAUUGUUGGUGUUAAAUAAUUUGAUAUUGUUGAGGAAAAGGGUUGGGGGAAUUGGAAAAUAGUGGUAGAGAGAGGAGAGUUGUGGAAGGUGAUGGUAUUGAAGGGAGAAGAACGAUGACUGGGGUGUCAUUGGGUGUGCGCACGGGGAGCUAUGGUUCGCUGCAAAACGGCAACGUUUCUGUGGCCACGCUUGUGCGUAGACCUUCAAAGACGCUCCUCUACAACCCCAGAGAGAAAGAGAGGGGUUUCUUUUUUAUUUGCCGGCGCCUUGGGCGAGUCAGGGUCGCAAUGCUCUUCAUGUUUGCCCUUGGCCUUUGUGUUUUCCUUUUUGGCUGUUUCACUGUUUACAGAGGUGGAAGCAUCACGAGUGAAAUUGAAGAUACGAGAUCUUAUGCCGUUACUAGGUAUGGAAUUUUAAGACCUAGAGGAGUUGUAGAAGAUAAGUCCCAGGAUAGUAAUUCUUCUAGAGUGUUCUCAUCGACAAGUAGAUAUAGAAGCACAUCAAGGCCACCUUCUGCUCCUUCUUCAUUGUCCUUGUCCAAGUCUAAAGGCAAAAGGGCAAAAUUCCCUACUUGGAGACAUCGUUGUGACCAUUUUGCAUUUCCGCCUCCACCAGUUGAUAGAAGACGAACUGGACCACGCCCAUGCCCUGUGUGUUAUAUUCCAGUGAAGCAAGCUAUAGCUAGUAUGCCAAGUUCCCCAUCAAAAUCUCCUAUACUUCGUAGUUUGACAUAUGUGCAUGAUGAAAAUUCAAUUAAUAGUGACCGACAUGGUGGCUCUGAUUUUGGUGGAUACCCUUCUCUGGAAGAAAGGAAUGCUGCUUUUGAUAUAAAAGAGACCAUGACAGUGCACUGCGGAUUUGUCAAAGGAAGCAGACCUGGUCGUGGGACUGGAUUUGAUUUUGACGAGGCUGAUCUCUUAGAGUUGGAUAAGUACCAUGAUGUCAUUGUUGCAUCUGCCAUAUUCGGAAACUAUGAUGUUAUACAGCAGCCCAGGAACAUCAGUUCAGAAGCAAAGAGAAACAUUCCUUUCUAUAUGUUCAUUGAUGAAGAAACAGAAAUGUUUAUGAAGAAUGCCAGCAUUUUGAGUAGCAGCAGGAGAGUUGGAUUAUGGAGAAUCAUUGUCGUCCAUAAUAUUCCUUACGCUGAUUCUCGGCGUAACGGAAAGGUUCCAAAACUUCUUUUACACAGGAUCUUCCCUAAUGCCCGAUAUUCUAUAUGGAUUGACGGGAAGCUUGAGCUCGUCGUGGACCCAUAUCAGGUUAUUGAGAGGUUCUUGUGGCGCCCAAAUGCUACUUUUGCGAUUUCAAGACACUAUAGACGCUUUGAUGUAUUUGUUGAAGCUGAGGCUAAUAAAGCUGCUGGAAAAUAUGAAAAUGCUUCCAUUGAUAACCAAAUUCGAUUUUAUAAAUUAUACGAUGGCUUAACUCAUUAUUCCAGAGACAAGCUUCCUAUAACUAGUGAUGUUCCUGAAGGGUGUGUUAUCAUAAGAGAGCACAUUCCAAUUACAAAUCUUUUUACUUGCUUAUGGUUCAACGAAGUUGAUCGCUUUACUUCCAGGGAUCAAUUAAGCUUUUCCACAGUAAGAGACAAAAUAAUGGCAAAAACUGGUUGGAGAAUUAACAUGUUUAUGGAUUGUGAAAGACGUAACUUUGUGAUACAGACUUACCAUAGAGACGUUUUGGAACACAUGCCUCCACCAGCUGUUGUAAUCCGGCGUCCUAGUCCAGCUGCUUAUUAUAACAAGUUUCAGAUGAGGAAUCAUCCUAGACGUUGGAGAGGAGAAAGGAGAUCAGGUCCAAAGCAUCAUCAUAGAGUAUUCAGCAAUGUUUUGAACCACUUUUUGGUUUAGUGUUAUCUUCUUCCACGAGGCUUUUUGUUUUCUUUUUAUUAAGUGUAAAUGCAUGCAUUCUUUGUUGCAAAUUUAUACUUCAAAGAGCUCACAACAAUUUUGAAGCUGUUGCUUAAUGAAUUGUAAAUAUCUUUGAAAGAUCUUUACCCCCUUUUUCCAAAAGGAAAAAGAAAAAAAAAGGGGGGGUUCUCAAUAGUGCAUUUUGCACACUUAAUUAUCACUAAUUUUUUCUCUGCCCUA